CUCUCUCACGCGCUGCGUCUCGGGCUCUCUUGUGGGCAGAGAGUGCAUCAGCUCAGCAGCUGCACCAUGAAUGCAGUGACCUAUGAUGACGUGCAUGUUGACUUCACUUGGGAAGAAUGGACUUUGCUGGAUCCUUCCCAGAAGAGUCUCUACAAAGAUGUGAUGGUGGAGACCUACAGAAACCUCACUACUAUAGGAUACAGUUGGGAAAACCAUAAUAUUGAAGAACAUUGUCAAAGUUCUAGAAGACAUGCAAGGCAUGAAAAAAGUCAAACUAGAGAGAAAACUUCUGUAUAUACUCAGUGUGUUAAAGCCUUUGCAUGUGACCGUCAUCUUCACAGGGAUGAAAAAACACAUACUAGAUUGAAACCCUAUGAAGGAAAUGAGUGUAGUAAAGCCUUUUCACAUCACAGUCAUCUUCAAAUGCAUAAAAGAACAUUCACUGAAGAGAAAUCCUAUGAAUGUAAUCAGUGUGGUAAAGCCUUUGCCCAUCCCAGUAAUCUUCAAAGUCAUGAAAGAACCCAUACUGGAGAGAAACCCUAUGAAUGUAAUCAGUGUGGUAAAGCCUUCAAACGGCACAGUCAUGUACAAAUUCAUGAAAGAACCCAUACUGGAGAGAAACCCUAUGAAUGUAAUCAGUGUGGCAAAGCCUUUGCACAGCGCAGUCAUGUACAAAUUCAUGAAAGAACCCAUACUGGAGAGAAACCCUAUGAAUGUAAUCAGUGUGGUAAAGCCUUUGCACGUCACAGUACUCUACAAAUGCAUAAAAGAACCCAUACUGGAGAGAAACCCUAUGAAUGUAAUCAGUGUGGUAAAGCCUUUGCAUGUAACAGUACUCUACAAAUGCAUAAAAGAACCCAUACUAGAGAGAAACUCUAUGAAUGUAAUCAGUGUGGUAAAUCCUUUUCAUGCCACAGUACUCUCCAAAAACAUAAAAAAACUCAUACUGGAGAGAAACCCUAUGAAUGUAAUCAGUGUGGUAAAGCCUUUUCAUGGCGCAGUAAUCUCCAAAUACAUAAAAGAACCCAUACUGGAGAGAAACCCUAUGAAUGUAAUCAGUGUGGUAAAGCCUUUGUAUGUCGCAAUAGCCUCCAAACACACGAAAGAACCCAUACUGGAGAAAAACCCUAUGAAUGCAAUCAGUGUGGUAAAGCCUUUAUAUGUCGCAAUAGUCUCCAAACACAUGAAAGAACACAUACUGGAGAGAAACCCUAUGAAUGUAAUCAGUGUGGUAAAGCCUUUGCACGUCAUCAUCUUCAAAAACAUGAACUGACACAUGCUGGAGAGAAACCCUAUGAAUGUAAUGAGUGUGUUAAAGCCUUUGCACUUCACAGUAUUCUUCAGAUGCAUAAAAGAUCACACACUGGGGAUAAACUCUAUGAAUGUAAUCAGUGUGGUAAAGCAUUUGCAUGUAUCUAAAUCAUGAGAAAAAAAUCAUACUGCAGAGAAACCCUAUAAAUGUAUU